GGGAAAGGCGACUUGAUGGAAUUGUUGGCGACUUUUUACCCACUACCCUCUAGUCGUGCUACUGGAGCAGAUGGAGAAACUGAAAAUAAGGUUCUUGCUCCAGACGAACGUGAGGAUGUCCGACAAUUAGUCAAGAAUCUAGUAGAGAAGAAGUCAAGUAGUCAUCGCUUUCCGUUGCACUGGUUGUCCUCUGUGGCGAGAAGGAGGAGGCCUCGAGCUUUGCGUGAACAGGAAACAGUGGAGAUGAACCAGUUGGAAGACUUACAUUAUAGGAUGAAAAAAAUCAACCUGAAAGCGGAUCCGACUUUACGCGAUCCUCCUCAGAAGGUGGACCCGGCUACCGGAUUCUUGACGGAGGGGAGCUAUCGUAUUUCUUAGCAUGUGGCUGUUUGAUAACGAUGAGGUUUCAGUUGUCCUUGUCACCGUGUCAAUUUAUUGGAAAACAUAUUUGAAUAGUCUGAUAAUUCCAUGAUCUUACUUCAUGUUUGAUGAAUGUUCUCCUUGUUAAUCCUUCUUUUUAACAUGAUAACUUCCACUCCUUAUAUGCUUCAGAUGGCCUUCUUCCCCGCGACAUAGUGCAGAUACGAGGCGUUCCUGAGCAUACUCGCGAUUAUCAAGACUUGAAUGGACGUAACGUAGAAUUGAUGGGGGUAUGUGUGGAGCAACAACCCGUUACGGUCGAACUUUUUGCGGAGGAUGAACCUCUGGAUGAUCUUCAUGAUGCUGCUUUAGCUUCUUCCUACAGCUACUCCUUGAACCCCAACCUUGCUGGCACUGGAGUUGGCUCGCUGGUUCGGAUUGAGGCACAUCGGCUUCUAUCUGGCAGGUACAAGAAGGAAUUCGCUAGAUUGUCUCAGGGGGAACGAGAUGCUCUUUUUGCGUAUCAUGGUUGUGUGGGUCGAGUCGAGACAAUCACAGCAUGCGAAGGUGGUGAAAGUACAUUGUUGAGGUGGACUGAUGACGCCGGCAAGACGGGAAGUACUAGGUGGAAGCAAAAAACCUCUACGUCUUCUGCAGAGAACGAGAGUGAGACGAUCAAC